AUCAGGAAUCGACUCCGGCGAGGCGCUUCAAGAUAUUUUGCGAUGCUCUUCACAUUUCAGUAGUUUCCGUUAAUGCGUUCGGCUCGUCGAGGUGGUGGUCAGGUGGUCCUCAUCUCAUCUUUUUUUCUGGAAUAGAUAUCUUCAGUGUGUAAUUAGGUGGAAAACAAUAUUGAAAGAACAAUUCGCACCCGAUAAAAACGAAAUAUUCAAACAGCAGAAAAAACCACAGCGGAAAAGCCACGAAAAUAAACCAAACAAAAGAAAUCGGAGAUCGGAGAUAGUUUUUGAAGUUUUUCCUGUGUGUUAGAGUGGUCUUUUUUGUUUAAAUUGUUGUUUCGUUGCCUGCCGCAAGAUGCCUCUGUACUCGGACUCCACCAACUACUACUACAGCGGCGGCAGCAGCCAGCUGUACUCCCCGUACUACAGCUCUGGACUGGGGCUGAGCAGCGUCGGAUCGGGAGCCGGAUCCAGUUACACGUCCAACUACAAUCGCUCGUAUCCGGCCAGCUAUAUGGUGCCGCUGUCGCCGUCAUCACCGCGAUCCCCCAGCAGCUACACGGGCGGCAGCAGCAGCGCCAGCUCCCUGCACAGCCUGGGAUCGCGCUACCAACCGAAGCUGACGACGAUCACGGAGAGCUCGGGACUGGUGGGACGGCAUGCCGGCCACAGCAGCUUAAUGCCCCUCACCCGGAUACAGUCGCCCAAGUACGUGUCGAGCCCGAGCCCCUCACACAGCUAUAGCCACAGCUCCGCCAACAGCAGCAGCAGUCGCUAUAUACCGCCACGUCCGAUCGCCAUCAACACGGCGGACAUCGAUGUAAGUUCGGCCCGGUAUCGAAGACCUCUGGCCCCGAGCCGCAGCACUGAGAGGGAGGAAAGGGACAGGGGGAAGGAACCAUCCAAGGAUAAGGAAAAAGAGAGGGCCGAGCAGGUCAAGGUGCAGGUGCAGGUGGAUCUGGCACAGAAGGAGGUGACUCCACCAGCGGCAGUGGAGGGCCAGGAGUCCAUCCCAGACAAUAGACAGCCGCGUCGAUCCACUAUUAGACGCAAUCGGGCCGUGGUUCGGCUUUCCACCAUCCGUAGAAAGAGCAAGGACCGCACAGAAGCCCCAGCCGAAAAGAGUCUCGCGGCCAAGGAGGAACAGAGGCCGGCACUUGCACUGGAGCACCAGUUUCGGGACUUGCCGCCGGCCACCGAGCCGAGUCUUAGUUGGCGCCAGAAGCUGGCCGAAGACCUGGCCGCCUUUCCCGCAGUCAGCAACAAGAAGUCGCCCGGGGAGAUUCUACGGGAGCGGUUCUUCAUCCACGACGACAAGGAGCUGGCGGAGCAGCAGCCUCAGUCAAGGGCCAGACAGCUACGGGUCGAGGAGGUGGCCCAGCCACUGCCACAGAGUGGCCGGGAGAGCCUGGCUCUGGAGGUGAAGACAAACAAAAAGUUGACACAAGAGAGUGACAAAGAAAAGGAGGAGAGCGAACAGGAGGAGAUCGAGGAGAUGCAUGAGACAAUCCGUCGGCUGAGCCUUGUCCAGUGCCCGACCUUCCACGAUAUCUGCGAGGACAUCUCCUCGGACAAGAUCGAUGACGAUCUGAAUGCCGGAGAACUGCGACGGCGCGCCUCCAUCAUCCAGGAGCAAGAGCAGGAAAUACUCAACAAGCUGCAGAAGUCCAGCUCCGGCAGCUUCCAGUUGAUUAAUCUGGAGCGGCGAUCCAGCCACGACAGCACCACGGCCGACGAGUCCUCCAGCGGACAUCGGCGCAGCUCCAAGCAGCGCAAGAAGAGCAAGAAGCAGCGCCACAAGAUCACGGCCAUUGUUGAGGUGCAGAAUGCACCAACCACGGUCCAGCUGGAGCACAUGCCCAGUGUCCUGGAGCUGAACGAGGACACCGGCACGUUGAUGCCGCUGCAGUCAAGCAGCUCCUUUUCCACCUCCACCUCCGCAUCCAGCUCCACGCCCAGUCCCAGUCCUAAGCCCAAGUUCACGGUCAACGUGGAGGUGGAGGAGCAUACCCAGAUACACAAGAUAUUCAAGCUGCCCAAGAAAAAGACAGUACCCAAGUCGGCAGAGACCCAGCCAGCGCUGGAGGAGGAAAGUGCGCUGCCCGAGGGCUUCAUGAAAUCCGCUCCCAAGCCGGCAAAAACAUCGCCACUGAAGAAACCGAAGUCUGCACCACCACAGGUGCAGUCGCAGGAGCCGCACCAGCCACAGCAGCACGUGAGUGUUGCUCAGAUCUUCACCUUCAAUGAGGCGGCAAUUCAGCAGGCACAGCCGCCGGAGACCAAAGUAGAAGGUGUGGCCACGCCCAAGCCCAUCCGGAAGGCCAUACAGAAGUCGGAGAGCGGUGAUGAUUUCUGGUCGCAGAUCGGAUCAAGGGAGACGCUCUACAUGACCAAUCGGAAGAAGGCGAUUACAGAGCGGCAGGAGAAGGUCCAGGAAGAGAGUGGCGAAGUGGAAGAGCAUCUACAGUCAAGGACUACACCAACGACACCCAAGCUCAAGUCCGAACUUCUUAUUGAGCUCAAGACAACAGGAGAGAAUACAGCUUCUACAACAGCUGCUAAGACGACUACACCAACUUCACCAAAGAUUACAGCAGCAACACCACAAAUAGGCGGAGUCAAAACCACUCUGGCAAGAGCAAAAAGCCCACCAAAAGUUGCCCCAGCAACUGAUUCAACAGGAGGAGAAAGACGAUCAAGUGCAGAAACUAAAAAGACUUCACCAAAGACAACAACAAUUACUACAACAACAGAUCUAAUCAAAUUAACACCAGCAUUGACAAAAGAUUCGCCAACAACGGUUCUACCCAAAUUGACAAUCGUUGCAAAGCCUAGAGACUCCCCAGUGGCUACACCAACAGCUACACCAACAAAAGAUUUACCAACGAAAAAAUCCGCAAAUGCUUCAACAACGAUAGAUGCAACCAAAUCAAAACUAACAACUACGCCAAAAGCAGAUUUAGCAAUACAGAAAUCAAUAAUAGAUUACCCAACGAAAGAUUCACCAACAAAAAAAUCCACAGCAGCUACAACAACCCCACCCAUAGAUUCACCAAAAAUUACUGCAACACCAACGGAAGACAAAAAAUCAACACCAAAAACGACGAAGUCUUCACCAACGAUUUCACCCAAGAAUUCAACUACAACGACAACAUCAAAGGUGAAAUUACCAAAAACUGCAACAGAAAAGAUACCAUCAACAGCUGUGUCAACAACCAAGACGCCAACAACACCAGAAUCGCCAACACCAGCACCAACAACAGCAACACCAACAUCAGAACCAACAACAACGACAAAAGCAACAGGAAAACCAACAUCGCCAAAGACAAAGGUGCUGGCAUCUGGCAACGCUGCACAGACGGGCAUCCCAGUUGUCAUGACAACGACAAAUGCUGUGGCAAAAUCUGCAACAGCAACAACAACAGCACCAGCGACGGGAGGGCCAAAAAUAAAUAGCGGGCAAUCGGCCAAGUCACCUGAACAACAACAGGCAACAACAGCCGUCGCCGCCGUCGGCAGCGUCGUCGCAGUGCCAGUGGCAGUGCCUGCCACGAAAUUAAAUAAAACAACGCACAAGGAACAGAAUCUGCAGCAGCAGCCACUGCAACAACCAGCAGAAGGAGCUGCCGCAACAACAACAUUGAGGCAGCCAACGGAAAUCAAACCGAAAUUUGCGGAAACUGUUGAGCCAACGGGCAAGUCAAAGGUCCCAUCACCGAAAGCGACAAAGCCAAAAAGUGCCGGUAAAACAAAUAAUGCGGUAAAAAAGAAGGCAGCCACACCAACUACUGCAGCUGCAGCUGCAACAGCCACUGCAACUGCAACUGCAGCAGCAGUAACAUCCACAGCAGCAUCAGCAUCAACAGCUGAGAGCAAUGUGACCCCAAUCAAUGCCGAUCAAUUUAUAACGCUGGCCCCCACAAAGGCGGCCAAAACAUCGCCAGGGAAGCAGCAGCAGCAGCAACAACCACAGGCGAAAUUGGUGGCCACAAAUGCGUCAUCGCUGGCGGCAGUCGCUGCAACGACAACGCCAACGCCAACACCUACAACAAUUGCUCCUGCUGCCACUGCCACUGCCGCUGCAGCAACAGCAACAGCAACAGCGAUAACAAUAGAGCGAUCUGUGGCCAGUGUUGAUGUUGCAGCCGCAGUCGCUGGGAUCGGGAUCGAGAUCGGCAUCGGCAUCGACACCAACAUCGGCGAUGACCGAAGCGGCGACGGCAACGGCAACGCCAACAGCUGCGGCGAAGGCGUCGGCAAUAAUUUAUCAAAGUUUGCAACAGUAUCGAAUUUGGCACAGUGUCUGCGAGACGUUGAUGCCGAGCUCGAGGACUAUAUACCAUCGUCUGCGGAGAAUAGCGACGACGACAGUUCGGACGAUUACUCCAGCGCGGCCGGUUGUGCGAAUCUGAGCGCCAGCAUGAAGAAGAAGCAGCGCAAGGAGAAGAAGAAGCAGAAGGCGAAAGGGGCCGCUGCAGCGCCGCCCCGUUUCGAUCCCCACAAGAAGGUCAAAAUCGAUACGACCAACAAGUGCUAUGUGAAGGAGGAGGCGCCCCGGUACCCACUGGUGGCCACGCCACGGCCCCUGUGGAAGCGCGAAAAGAUCGUCUACUCCGACGAGAACACAGACGACGAGAGCAGCGAGGAGGGCAGCGAGGCCACCGCCGGCUCCCUCGACGAGGAUAGUGAUGACGAGAGCGAGGAGUGCAGCUCCUCCAGCAGCAGCGCCAGCUCCGUGGAGUCCGAAGCGGCGGCCACCAGCAAGAGAAGAACUGACGAGGCCGAUGGAACGACACCGGCUGCCGCUGCUGGGGGCAGCAGCAGUACAGUCACCUCAGCGGCGACUCUGAGCGUGGGUGCGGCAUCCACUUCGACAUCCAGCUCGCCAUCGAUCAUACGGAUGAGCACGUGCAGCAAUGAUUCCGGCUUCGAGGGCGGCACAGCACCCUCCAGUCCCAAGAAAAUGCUAGAAACAUCAUAUACAUAUUCACAAUUCCAAAAAUCCGGACGUUUCACUGCGCCAGCAACAGUAAUACCUAGAUUUAAGAAUUAUUCGGUAGAUGAUUUCCACUUUCUCGCCGUUCUCGGCAAGGGAAGUUUCGGCAAGGUUCUGCUGGCUGAGCUGCGUGAAACCACAUACUACUAUGCCAUCAAGUGUCUGAAAAAGGACGUCGUUCUGGAGGAUGACGAUGUGGACUCGACGCUGAUCGAACGCAAAGUCUUGGCCCUGGGCACCAAGCAUCCGUAUCUGUGCCAUCUGUUUUGCACCUUUCAAACGGAGAGCCAUUUGUUCUUCGUGAUGGAGUAUCUGAAUGGCGGUGAUCUCAUGUUCCACAUACAGGAGAGUGGACGCUUCUCCGAGGAGCGAGCACGAUUCUAUGGCGCUGAAAUAAUCUCUGGCCUCAAAUUCCUGCACAAAAAGGGCAUAAUCUACAGGGAUCUCAAAUUGGAUAACGUUCUGCUGGACUACGAGGGGCAUGUACGUAUUGCCGAUUUCGGCAUGUGUAAGCUGCAGAUCUACUUGGACAAGACGGCCGACAGUUUUUGCGGCACACCCGAUUAUAUGGCGCCCGAAAUUAUUAAGGGUGAAAAGUACAAUCAGAAUGUGGAUUGGUGGUCUUUCGGGGUGCUGCUCUAUGAAAUGCUGAUCGGCCAAUCGCCAUUCAGUGGCUGCGACGAGGACGAGCUCUUCUGGUCCAUAUGCAACGAAAUUCCAUGGUUCCCCGUCUACAUAUCCGCCGAGGCCACGGGCAUACUCAAAGGGUUGCUGGAGAAGGACUUCGCGAAAAGGAUUGGUUCACAGUACAGUCCAGCUGGUGAUAUAGCCGAUCAUAUAUUCUUUAGGCCCAUUGACUGGAAUCUGCUCGAGAAGCGGCAAAUCGAGCCUCCCUUCAAGCCCCAAGUGAAACAUCCCCUGGAUACGCAAUACUUCGAUCGAGUGUUCACCAGGGAGCGGGUUCGGCUCACACCCAUCGACAAGGAGAUACUGGCCUCCAUGGAUCAGAAGCAGUUCCAUGGCUUCACCUACACAAAUCCCCACAUCACAUUGGACUAGAUCUAAGCCUAUCCUGAAACCAACUACACCUGCACCUACACCUAAAUCUAAAGCUAAAUCAAUAUCUUAACUAAUUCUUUAGAGCAACAGUAUUUGUAUAUGUAAAUAUUCAUUAUGAAACCAUAUUGAAACCAUCCAUAUCGCUGGGGAGGAGAGCCGAGCCACGAAGGUGGAGGGAACUCGAGGAUCGAGGAUAGUUUUGAAGAGGGUCUAAUUUUUAGAUUAGUUCGAAUGUGAGAGUGCGCAAUACAUGGCUCUCUCGAGUAUAACUCUAGUCAAUACACCUAGCCAUACACCUAUUUCUAAGUCUAUAAAUUCUACUAUAAUUGUACAGAUAUCCUUCUCUCUAUCAUAUACAUACAACACACACAAACACGUUCACAAAUACACGCAUACUAUAUACAUACAUACAUAUAUAUAUGGACAAGUUUUUUUUUUGGCAACUUUUUUGUUCUUAAUUUUAGUGAUACGCCAAAAAGCUCUACGUCUAUGAGAAAUAAAAAUACAAAUAAAAAUCAAAUGAAAAGCAAAAAAAAACAA